AUGGAUUUCUGUGGCCCGUUCUUGUAUCGAUCUGAAGUACGCAAUAAACCUGCUACUAAAUGCUACAUCUGCCUCUUUGUUUGCUUUAGCACAAAGGCUGUACACUUUGAGUUGGCUGCGAAGAAAAACAUCAAUUUCGCGCAAAAUUUUGGAGAUAGCCAAACAUCAGCAGGAGACUUAAGCCAUCAGAACCUUGAAGAUUACCAAACAUCAGCAACGACGCCCACAGCACAUUCAACGCCAUUGGUCGCCAACAACUCUCAACCCUACAACAUUCCAGCUACAUUGUUCGGUCGUGGAAUACAGACAGUAGAAGUCAGCGGAGAUUAGAUAUAUAUAUAAAUUUUAUCUGUUAUUAAUUUUAUUAUUAUAAUAUCUAAUAUAAUAAUAAUAUUAUAAUAAUAGUAUUAUAAUAUUAUUAUUUUUAUUACUACUUUAAUUGCUAUUAUUAUCAUUAUUAAUAGAAUUAUUAUUAGAUCGUACCUUUACACCAUUAUUUAUUACGGUAUGCAUAAAAGAACGCUUUCUAACCUUAUAAGUAAGGCAAAAGCUUAUUAUAAAG